AUGUUACAGCUAGCAUUAUUUGGAAAUAAUGUCGAAAAGGUUUUAGAGCCAUUUACAUAUGUUUUAAUAUGCAUCGUAUAUAUGUAUAUAGCCAAUCUUCUAGGACAAAUUAUUACAGAUCACAAUAAUCUCGUGUUCAUUACUGCGUACAACAUUCAAUGGUAUAAAACUCCUUUAUGCAUUCAAAGAAUGAUACUAUUCCUAUUGCAAGUAGGAACGAAGGAAUUUGUUGUAAAUAUCGGUGGAGUAUUUGAUGGAUCGUUGGAGUGUUUUGCCACGUUAUUAAAGGCUUCGUUAUCUUACUUCACUGUCAUAUAUUCUACAUGGUAA